GUCCUAAAAAAUUUCUAAUUACUCAUUUUACUUUAUUCUUAUAUAGAAUAAGAAUAAUUCUUAUUUGAAAUCUAUAUAGAAUACAAAUAUAUGAGUAUAAAAGGUGUUUAAUACAAAUUUAUCAUUAAUUAUAUAGAAAUAUUAUGGAUAUUUUGGUUGGUAAAUCAAAGCUUAUUAAAGUCGGCUCAAUGGUGCUUGUUGCAGUCUUUAUAAUAAUUUGUUAUUAAUUAGAUGUCGGAGCUGCCAAGGGAAACUCUAAGAUGUUAUCAACUUAUUUUACAUACAGUGGCAAAUUUAGAGUUGAAGUUGAAGUGUUAGAUAUUAAAGAAACUAGUAGCAUUGAGGAUUGCAAUGGAAUUUACUUUUGCUAAGUUGUGAAGUAAGCUCCAGUUUAUGGUGGAAUAGAUCUUGCCAUUGCAAUCAUCAUCAUUUUAAUUGAACUAUUAGAAAAACCAGUUUUAAAGGAUAAAAUCCAACCAGACCUCUUAAAAAACAUUAUUUUUAUAUCACUCCUAAUUGGAUUUGGUUUCGCUUUGGCAACAAUGCUUUAAUUUUGGUUUGCAGCGGGAAGCGAUUAUAAUCUCUGUGCAGGUAGUCAAAUCUUAAUUGUCCUCUAUAAUCUAUUGUUUGGAUUCAGCAGUUUUGUCUAAUUCAAGGUUAAAUCAUCCCAAGGACAAGACACUUUAUUGAGUUGAUCAAAUAUAUCUAAAUCAGAUUUAAAUUUUUUUUUUCUCAAAA